GAGCGAGGGAGGGAGGAGGCUAGCUGCCUGCCCAGCCCGCCCAUUCUUUCAGGAAAACUUCAUUUCUCCCCUUCUCCCCAAUUGUUAUGCCUUUCUCCUCUAGUAGAAAACUGGGGAGCGGUGCAUCUUCCCAAGCGUGUGGAAUGAAAAUGGAGGAUCAUGACUCAGCGAAACCUGGAGAGAAACUGGAGGAAGGCUGGCGAGUCCCUCACGUUUUUCCCCUCCGAACCAUCUGGGACCUCCAGACCGGGCCAACUCCUAAAGUAAUGAUGAAGACCCCAGCUAAGGAGCUGAAACAACACUGGGCGCCCCCGUGGCAGGAAUUCCUGAAGACGAUGUCAUAUCCUUAUUUCGGACCGAGUUGCCUACAGCUGAUGGAACCCCUGCGAUGGGAUCAGGCCGAAGCUUUGCGGACUGCCUUCGAGGGGUGUGGGGAUGCCAGCCUUCGGCCUAGAGAAGAGUGGGCUGCCCCAAACAUGCCAGGCCUCAGCGGAGAAGCCCCUUACCAGGCCAACGGGAGCGUGGACGCCUCUGGCGAAGUGAAGGAGGAGGAGGAGGAAGACGGUGACGAGGUGGUUGGAUGGGAGAUGCGCUGCCAGCGUUUCCGGCAGUUCCACUACCGGGAAGCCGAGGGCCCGCGAGAGAACGGGCGCAAGCUCUGGGAGCUUUGUCAUCGGUGGUUGAGGCCCAAGGUGCUGGCCAAGGAGCAGAUGCUGGAGCUGGUGAGCCUGGAGCAGUUUCUGACCAUCCUGCCCGGAGAGAUGCAGAAGUGGGUGAGGGAUCAGGCCCCAGAGAGUAUGACCCAGGCGGUGGCCCUGGCAGAAGGCUUUCCCCUCUGGCUGCAGGCGGCUGAAAGAUGGGAACGAAAGGUGCCGGGGUCGUCGAAGGAGGUACCUACUGAUUUCCCUGGACCAGAGCAGAUUUCUUCCAACCCCCCAGAGAUACAGCUGCAGAUGGAGACCAAGCGAGAGGGUGACAGUGCGGCCUGCUUGCUGGGUGCUUGGCAAGUGAGCAAAAAUGAGGAAGAGCUAAUAGGAGAUGCAGAGCAAGCUGAACUCAAUGGGGUGUUGCAGGAGAGAGCAAAAGGAGUUAUUUACCAGGGAUUGAAUGUAGAAGAAGUGUGUGGAAGCCAACAACAUAGCCCUGCAGCGCCCCGGCCCAUGCAAGGAGACUCUAUUUGCAAUGACAAAGCUUUACCUGAAGCGACUUCCUGUCCGAGAGAGAUGGAGGGCCCUGACGGUGGGGAAAGGCACAGCCAGAGCCCUGACCUUCCAAAAAGACAGCCAGUCCGAAGAAGAAAGAAAUCUCACGUGUGCUCGGUGUGUGGGAAAGCCUUUGAACGGCUUUCGAUCCUUACCAACCACCUGACCAUACACACAGGAGAGAAGCCGUUUCAGUGUUUGGACUGUGGGAAAUGCUUUGGCUAUAAAGCCCUUCUUGUGAGGCACGAAAAAAGUCACGCCGGAGACAAGCCCUACAAAUGCUUGCAGUGUGGGAAAACGUUCAGCACCAGUACCAUCCUUUCAGAUCAUGAGAGAAUUCACACCGGAGAGAGGCCGUUUACGUGUGUCGACUGUGGGAAAUGCUUUGUGAAGAGAGGCCACCUGAUGAGGCAUAAAUUGACCCACACGGGAGAGAAACGCUACAAGUGCACCGAGUGUGACAAAAGCUUUGGCGACAAAUCUCUCCUUACUACCCAUAAGAGAAGCCACACGGGGGAAAAGCCGUACGGCUGCUCCGAGUGCGGGAAAUGCUUCAGCCAAAGUUCGCACCUCAUCACUCACAAGAGAAUCCACACCGGGGAGAAGCCCCACACGUGCUCGCAUUGCGGGAACAGCUUCAUUCGGCGGUACGACCUCCUCAGCCACGAGAGGACGCACACGGGAGAGAAACCCUACCAGUGCCCGGAAUGCGGGAAAAGUUUCCGUCAGAGCUCACAGCUUUUUGUCCAUGGGAGGAUCCACAUGGGAGGGAAACCCUACAAGUGUGCGGAGUGCGGGAAAAGUUUCCGUUGGGAGAGCAGCAUCAAGAUGCACAUGAAAAACCAUGCCGGAGACCGGCCCUACGCCUGCUCGGAAUGUGGCAAAAGGUACGGGAAGUCAUCGCACCUUAUACGGCACAAGGAAACCCACACAGGAGAGAAGCCGUUCAAGUGCGCCAAAUGUGGGAAAAGCUUUGCUCAGAGCACCAUGCUUUACCUCCACGAAAGAACCCACACGGGAGAGAAGCCCUUCCAGUGUACAGAGUGUGGAAAACGCUUUCGUUGGGAGACCAGCUACCAGUCGCACAUUAAGAACCACGCCAGGAAGAAAGCGUUUGGAUGCUCGGACUGCGACAAAAGCUACGACAAGGAGUCUGAGCUGAUUAAACACAGGAGGAUGCACACGGGAGAGAAGCCAUUCAAGUGCAGGGAGUGUGGGCUCUGUUUCGACCGCAUUUCCGCCCUUACAGUACACCGAAGAAUCCACAGAAGCGAGAGGCCGUUUAAAUGCUCAGAAUGUGGCCGGAGCUACAAUAAGGAGCCCGAGCUCAUGAAGCACGAGAAGGCCCACACAGCAGAGAAGCCGCACAAGUGCCCCGAUUGCGGGAAAAGCUUUGACUCAAAGUCUGCGCUGAGAGUGCAUCAGAGGAUGCACACGGGAGAGAAACCGUACAAAUGCUCAGGCUGUGGGAAAAGCUUCAGCCAGAGUUCCAACCUUAAGACACACAUGAGAAUCCAUACAGGAGAGAAUGUGUGAGAAGCGCCGUGUGACUUUUGAGUGGGAAAACAGGCCGCAGGGAUACUUUUGAAGGAGGGCUGCUAAAAUCCGGAGUCCCAGUUCACAACUUUACCCUGUUCAAUAGUGCAUACGUAGCAGGAGAGGUAGCUAUUAUUGUGACACACGUGUUUCUUGGUCCUGUCGUUCAGCCUCCUCCUUCCUCUCUUAAAGCAGGACUUUUGCCCUACAGUAGCUAAAGGUGAUCACCUAUCCAUGCUGUUUGGAGGCGACAUGUUUAUGUAAACGGGUACCUCCGAAUCAGGACUUAAUCCAUGGCAGCCCCAGCUCCCCUGAUGGGCUGCCGUGUGACAAAGAUGGCGAGACAAUUUUUAUAGCUGUAUGGGCUUUUUGAUGUGUUUGGUUA